UGACAUAAAAGGAGAGAGGGGAAGGAGAGAGAUCCUCAUAUCCAGAGCACCAACUGUGUGAUUUUUGUUGCCAGCAACUGGUUUCCAUAUAGCCUCUCACAAUGACCUCCUACAGCUUCAGGCAGUCCUCUUCUGUCUCAGGUGGAGGGUUUGGUGGUGCAUCCUUCAGGGCCCCAAGCAUGCAUGGUGGGUCUGGUGGCCGGGGUGUCUCUGUCUCUUCUGCAAGGUUUGUCUCCUCUGGGGCUGGAGGAGGCCUAGGUGGUGGCUAUGGAGGAGGCUACGGAGGAGGCUUUGGAGGAGGUUUCGGUGGAGGUUUCGGUGGUGGUGCUGGAGGUGGGUUUGGAGGCGCAAUGGCUGUCAGUGAUGGCCUCCUUUCUGGAAACGAGAAGGUAACUAUGCAGAAUCUGAACGACCGCCUGGCAAACUACUUAGAGAAGGUGCGUGCCCUGGAGGAGGCCAACACAGAUCUGGAGGUUAAAAUCCGAGAGUGGUACCAGAAGCAGGGGCCAAGGGCAACCCGUGACUAUAGUCCAUAUUACAAGACCAUUGAAGAUCUCCGAGAAAAGAUCUUUGAUGCAACAACUGAAAACUCUAAACUUGUCCUGCAGAUUGACAAUGCCAGGCUGGCUGCUGAUGAUUUCAAAACCAAGUUUGAGACAGAACAAGCUCUGCGCAUGAGUGUUGAGGGUGAUAUCAAUGGACUCCGCAGAGUCUUGGAUGAGCUGACCUUGGCUAGGACUGAUCUGGAGAUGCAGAUUGAAAACUUGAAGGAGGAACUUGCCUACCUCAAGAAGAACCAUGAGGAGGAGCUGGCUUCACUUUCAGGGCAAGUUGGAGGCCAAGUGAGUGUGGAAGUUGACUCUGCCCCAGGCAUUGAUCUCACCAAGAUCCUGGCUGAUAUGAGAGACCAGUAUGAAUUGAUGGCUGAUAAGAACAGAAGGGAAGCUGAGGCUUGGUUCACCAGUAAGACCGAAGAACUGCAUCAAGAAGUCGCUGUCAACACCGAACAGCUUCAGUCCAGCAAGACGGAGAUCACAGACUUGAGACGCACCCUCCAAGGCCUGGAGAUUGAGCUCCAGUCUCAGCUUAGCAUGAAAAACGCAUUGGAAAACACCUUGGCAGACACUGAAUGUCGCUACAGUGCCCAGCUGGCCCAGAUUCAGAGUCUGAUCAGCAACAUCGAAGGGCAGCUGGUUGAGCUCCGAUCCGACAUGGAGCGUCAAAACAGUGACUAUAAGAUCCUGAUGGACAUCAAGAGCCGGCUGGAGCAAGAGAUUGAAACUUACCGGCAGCUUUUGGAUGGCCAAGAUCUCCAGUAAGUCAUUUUGAUGAACUAU